CUUACAAUGCAGUCACUAUUCUCAGUUCUCAGAGAUGCAGCACACAGUCACAGCGAUCGAGGGAUCGUAUCCUAUCCCGAUGGGGUAUGCGACAGCGAGAAGGCGACCCGGAUUACCUACCGAGAGCUCCACCGUCAUGCAUCGACCAACAGCACAAAGAUUCGGCAACGGAACGGCUAUGCGCCCGGCCAGAUAGUCCUACUGCAUCUGGGUCCGAACAACCAUCUCGACACAAUCAUCUGGUUCUGGUCCCUCAUCUAUGCCAACUGCAUACCAGUCAUGUCUACCCCUUUCCCACAAGAUCAGGGUCUUCGCCUGAAGCACUUGCACCACUUGCAGACAUUAUUGCAAGAUCCAGUUUGCCUCACCAGACAGACCCUGAUAGACGAGUUCCCAACUGAUCUCACAAUUCCACUCGAGACCAUCGAACAAUUCCAAGAUAUCGACUCCGAGUCACCGACCGAGGCCGCACUUCCGGCUCCAACAAGCGAAGCCCCAUCUGACAUCGCCAUUCUAAUGCUCACCUCCGGCAGCACGGGCCCAUGCAAAGCCGUGGGUCUAACGCACCAGCAGAUCCUCUGCUCCCUGAAGGGUAAAUGCGCUGCGUUACCCUUACGGACUAGACAAAGUGCCUUCCUCAACUGGAUCAGCCUAGACCACGUCGGAAGUUUGAUCGAGAUCCAUUUCCACGCGCUACUUGCCGGCGUCGAUCAAGUGCAUGUGUCCCCGAGCGACGUGAUUCAAUCCCCGCUGUGGUUCUUGAAGCUCCUAGAGCAACACCAAGUCGCAAGGACGUUCGCACCGAACUUCUUCCUGGCGAUGCUGGCACGCACGCUAGAUGCGACCGCAGUGGGAAGCGCCACGUUCUUCGACCUCCAGCACCUGCAGUAUAUCGUAAGCGGCGGCGAAGCGACUGGGGUCAGUGUCUGUACGCGGUUGAGCGCGUAUCUUUCCCGCUGCGGGGCGGCGGAGAACUGCAUCGUGCCGGGGUUCGGCAUGACGGAGACUUGCGCGGGGUGUAUUUACAACCCAGGGUUUCCGGGGUAUGAUCAGCGGCACGGAUACGAAUUCGCGUCCCUGGGUUCGUGCAUCCCCGGGGUCGAGAUGAGGAUUGCGUCCGCCGUACCGGGGCAGGUUGGUGAUCUGGAGGUGAGGGGGCCUAUUGUCUUCGCAGGGUACUUCAACGAUCCCGAAGCGGCGGCGGAGGCCUUCCAGCCUGACGGGUGGUUUCGGACGGGAGACACGGGGUUCCUGGAUGCAAACGGGUACCUCAACCUCGCUGGGCGGACAAAUGACCUGAUCUCCAUCAACGGGGUCAAGCAUAAUGCAUUAGCACUUGAGGUCGGCCUGGACGAAGCGCAACUCCCCGGAAUGAUUCCGGGUGAGGUGGUGUGCUUUGCGCAUCGCGGCCCGGGGGUGGACACUGAGCAGGUAUAUGUUGUCUACGCGCACAGCUACAGCUCGCACGACGCGAGGGCGCGUUAUGAGACGCUGACGGCAAUCAGCCACAAGGUCUCGCUCAUGACCAACACAAAGCCGUGCGUCCUCCCUCUACCUGCCCUCGAGCGAUCAUCGCUGGGGAAGGUAUCCCGGUCGAAGCUGCGAUCCCAGAUCGCCUCGGGGGUGUAUACGAGGGAGCAAGAGCUGGACGCAGCGCUUCUCCAAGCCCAUCGACAAGCCACGUAUUGUCCUCCCAGAACCGAAACGGAGAAGACCGUCAUCCGAAUCCUUUCGAACAUCAUCCCGGAUACCGACCCCGACAAUCUGGGUGUCACCGCCAACCUCUUCAAGCUGGGUCUCACCUCCCCAAUUCUCGUCCAAAUUCAACGCCAACUGCAAGAUCAAUUUCCGUUAGACGAACCUCUUCCCUUGGCUACUAUCAUGGCCCAUCCCACAGUCCAGGACCUCGCUACAGCCUGCCAAAAAGCCACCACACACGAAUAUAACCCGGUGGUGACCCUGCAGCCGCACGGCGCCAAGCCCCCGCUCUGGCUCAUCCACCCCGCCGCGGGCGAAGCCCUCGUCUUUCUCAACCUCGCCCACCUCAUCCGCGACCGCCCAGUCUACGCCUUCCGAGCGCGCGGCUUCCAUCGCGAGGAACCCUUCUUCACGAGUCUGGACGAGUGUGUCACAACCUACCACGCCGCAAUGAAGAAGCUCCAGCCCGAGGGCCCCUACGCGAUCCUCGGGUACUCGUACGGCGCGAUGGUCGCCUUCGAGCUGGCCAAGACCCUCGAGGCCGAGGGCAGUGAGGUGCGGUUCCUGGCGAGUCUCAACCGGCCGCCGUAUGUGAGUCCGCGCCUGCGCCAGGAGGCUGUAGAAAUUGUGCUUCCGCAUGUUGAUCAUACGCGGAUGGUUGAGUUGGGGCUGGAUGACAGGAGUCUUUCGAGGUGGAUUGACGUGGCGUUUAGCCUACAGGAGAUUGGCAGGGAGUAUCGGCCGGGCGGGACGGUGGCGCAUAUGGAUGUUUUUCACUGCAAGCCCUUGGACUUCUUGAAUGUGGGUAAAGAGGAGUGGUUGCGGCGGCUGGCGGCUUGGGAGGAGUUUUCGAGAGAUGGGGGCGAGUACUAUGAGGUUCCGGGCGAGCAUCACUCGGUUUUAGGAGUAGCACAUGUUCAGCGAUUCUUUGUUAGGCUGGUCGAGGCCCUGGCUGCACGUGGGCUUUAG